UUGCCAAGGCGACCGGCUUGCUGGGGAGGACACUGCGGCGCGCGUCACACGGCGGGGGGGACGGGACGACGACGAGCUUGCGUGCGCGCGCACGCGCGCGCCUCGGAGAGCCGAGGCGGUCACGGGCACCCGCACAGCAGCGGCGGCGGCGGCAGCAUCAGCAGCGUCGUCCCGCGAAGACUACACCGGAGCACCGCGCCGUCACCGAGGCUCUGCCCGGAUCUUCUCCGUCCGUCAGCGGGACUUAUCGGGGAUUUAUCGACCACAAAACAUAAAAACAAAACAAGACUAAACGCUCAACAAAACCCCUCCCCCAAAAAACAAACAACAACAACCCGGCGACCACUGAUCCGACACAGGUGACAGCAACUGUCAAAUCAGCCGAGAGCCCCGCAGACACGUCCGGGUUCUUUUUUUAAUUUUUUUUUAUUUUUUGGCGGGGGAGGAGGGGGGGUUAUUAUUAUUUUUUGUUGAAAAAGAGCCGACUCUCCUCCCGAGGCGAACCGGGCUGUCGGGCGACAAAUCAAUUCCUAUAUUUCCUUCCGCUGCGUGGACGGAGAGCGAGGCGAGCCCGCCUGCCCGGAUGGGGGCUUCCGGCCACAUCCCGCCGCACGCGUGUGUGAUGCAGCUCCAUUCCAUCCCGGUUGGUGGUCGGUCUCCACGGUCCUUGUCUCCGGUCAUGAGGACCCACCUGCCGGCCCGGCUGGACUGAACGAGUUUUUGCUCGCCUGACAUUUUACGGCUCUGGAGGAAGGUGUAGUGAAGGGGACGAGGAGGAGGAGAGAGGAGAGAGGAGGAGGAGGAGGAGAGAGGAAGGAAAGGAAACAGCAUACAAAAACCAAAUAAAAAAAGAGAGUCAUCAGUGGGAAUCUGGAGCCAUACAUCUAACAGGAUUCAGUGGCUGUUAAAAACGUCGGCCAAAUGAUCUGGAUGAUAGAGGACUAAUAGGGAUGGAACGCAACAGAGCCAUGGCUGGGGAAGCGCUUCGGAUCGCCAUCGCUCAGAGUCAGCAUUGACCUGGCACCCAGACUGAGGUUCCACCUCCUUCUCCGGCGCCCCAAGGACUCUUCUUUACCCUAGCCACUGCUUUGUCCUCCAUCACACCUUCACGCUGCGCUCUUGGUAUCGAUUAAACCUCCAGAACGGUUCCUUUCAGUCUUUGAGGGCCUGCCUGCUCUUGUUUUAAUCCCUCUCUUGUGCUUUGUCUUCCACGUUGUUGGUUAUAAUCCACGUUCUCGUGUAAAAAGACCGAACUACUCCAAAACAGACUAUAGGCAGGUGGCCGAACAGUAUGUAUCCAGUCAUGUACCCCCUUCCGCUUGCUCUAAGCAAACAGAGUCGGCGGGGUUUGUCGUCCGGGACGCGGCACCUGACUCUCAUGACAGACUGGUGCCUGAUGGGUGCACUAGGCCUCAUUCUGCUCCUCAGCCUGGCCGCGAGCCAGAAGAUGGACCCUUCCAAACACCCCAUAGUCACCACCAACUAUGGCAAGAUCCGAGGCAUCAAGAAAGACUUGAACAAUGAGAUUCUCGGCCCCGUGGAACAGUACCUGGGCGUGCCGUACGCCACGGCACCCAUCGGCGACCGCCGCUUUCAGCCGCCCGAGGCCCCGGGAUCCUGGCAGGAGAUCCGCAACGCCACGCAGUUUGCCCCCGUGUGCCCUCAGAACGUCCACGGCGUGCUGCCAGAGAUAAUGCUGCCCGUGUGGUUCACGGACAACCUGGAUGUAGCGGCGGGUUACAUCCAGAACCAGAGCGAGGACUGCCUCUACCUCAACGUCUACGUACCCACGGAGGAUGGUCCGCUCACAAAAAAACAUGAUGAAUCUUCAAUGAACAAGCCCCGAGACGAAGAUAUCCGUGACCGCAGGAAGAAGCCCGUCAUGCUGUUUAUUCACGGAGGCUCCUACAUGGAAGGCACCGGGAACAUGUUCGAUGCAAGCGUCCUAGCCGCGUACGGCAACGUGAUUGUGGUGACCAUGAACUACCGGCUCGGCGUACUCGGCUUCCUCAGCACUGGCGAUCAGUCUGCAAAGGGAAACUAUGGCCUACUGGACCAGAUCCAAGCCCUGCGUUGGCUCAAUGAGAACAUCGGCCACUUUGGUGGGGACCCAGAGAGGAUCACCAUCUUCGGCUCCGGAGCCGGGGCGUCCUGCGUCAACCUCCUUAUCCUCUCACACCAUUCAGAGGGUCUGUUCCACAGGGCCAUAGCUCAGAGUGGAACGGCCAUCUCCAGCUGGUCCGUCAACUACCAGCCCCUCAAGUACACCAAGAUCCUGGCCCGAAAGGUGGGCUGCACCUACACAGAGACGGCCGACCUGGUUGACUGCCUGAGACGCAAGAACUUCAAGGAGCUUGUGGACCAGGACAUCCAACCAGCCCGCUACCACAUUGCCUUUGGCCCCGUGGUGGAUGGCGACGUGGUGCCCGAUGAUCCUGAGAUCCUUAUGCAGCAGGGGGAGUUCCUCAACUAUGACAUCCUAAUAGGAGUGAACCAAGGAGAGGGGCUGAAGUUUGUGGAUGACAGCGAGGACAACGACGGGAUCUCAGCGGCAGCGUUCGACUACACGAUCUCUAACUUUGUCGAUAACCUCUACGGAUACCCUGAAGGCAAAGACAUCCUGAGGGAGACAAUUAAGUUCAUGUACACAGACUGGGCAGACAGGGACAAUGGCGACAUGCGGAGGAAGACCCUGUUAGCUCUGUUUACAGACCACCAGUGGGUGGCGCCAGCAGUGGCCACUGCCAAGCUCCAUGCUGAGUUCCAGUCCCCGGUUUACUUUUACACCUUCUACCACCACUGCCAGACUGAGACGCGACCCGAAUGGGCUGACGCUGCCCAUGGAGACGAGAUACCGUACGUGUUCGGUGUGCCCAUGAUCGGUGCCACAGAUCUGUUCCCAUGCAACUUCUCGAAGAAUGAUGUGAUGUUGAGUGCCGUGGUCAUGACUUACUGGACCAACUUUGCCAAGACCGGGGAUCCCAACCUGCCAGUCCCUCAGGACACCAAGUUCAUUCACACCAAGCCCAACCGCUUUGAAGAGGUCAUCUGGACCAAGUUCAACUCGAAGGACAAGCAAUACCUCCACAUUGGCUUAAAACCUCGUGUUAGAGACAACUACCGGGCCAACAAGGUGGCCUUCUGGCUGGAGUUAGUUCCCCACCUCCACAGUCUACAUGAGGUGCUCUUCCCCACCACUACCCGCUCACCGCCAGGCCCUCGCCCGGGCACCUACGGACCCUGGCCCAGAACACCGGGCCCUCGCACCACUCGUCACCCCUACCCUACAUUCCCCUCUGAACCGGAGCCUGAGGGUUCGGAACGUCCACACCAGGACCUUUUCCCUGGGGACACACGGGACUACUCCACCGAGCUCAGCGUGACAGUCGCUGUGGGGGCAUCGCUCCUCUUCCUCAACAUCCUGGCCUUUGCCGCCCUUUACUACAAGCGCGACAAGCGACACGAGAUGCGGCGCCACCGGCUGUCUCCGCAGCGGGGUGGCACCGCCAACGACCUGGCUCACAGUCAGGAAGAGGAGAUCAUGUCUCUGCAGAUGAAGCACUCGGAGCACGAUUCUCACCACGACAUGGAGCCUCUCCGGCCCCAUGACAUCCUGCGGCCCGCCUGCCCGCCUGACUACACACUGGCGCUACGCCGUGCCCCAGACGACGUGCCGCUGAUGACGCCCAACACCAUUACCAUGAUCCCCAGUACCAUCACCAGCAUGCAGCCUCUUCAUGCCUUCAACACCUUCCCCUCCACUGGCCACAACAACACCCUGCCUCACCCCCACUCCACAACCAGGGUAUAGUAGGGACUGCCCUGACACAGCACCACACAAAGACCAGGAAGACUGGCUGUGCUUCUGAUCUAGAAGGAAGGCCUCUGGAUGUGGGCCUUUGUUUUGUUCUCUUAUGCUCUUUUUCCUCAUGUGCUGUGAAACUUAGCAGCCCCCUCCACUGGUGGCACGUGGAGAUGCACCUGAACUGCAUGGCAGCAGAUGAUCAGUUUGGGGUGGUUUAGAUCUUUUAAAAGAUACUGUUUUCAAAUAAAGCCUGCUGUUUCCAGACUAAAACCCUCUGACAUCGCCAAAGGGACACAUGCUUUUACUUUGGAGUCAUCUCUUUUUCCUCUCACUGGUGUAAUACGUGCAGAUAUACUGUUCUCUUUUCUACAUCUGUGUCUUUUCCCUGCUUUGUUUGUCCUCUCAUUCAACAUGUGGUUGUCUUUCUCUCCCCAGUACUCUUUUGUUCUAAUCUGCUGCGCAUUAGGAGGGGACAUGGAGUACAUACAGUAGGCAUAAAGCUAUGAAAACACUACUUUCUACCAGCAUUCUUGGUGCCAAGUAUGUACUACUGUGUUUGCUUUCUCAUCGAGGGAGGGGGGGAUGAGGAAAAUUCUAGAUUAUUCCUAUUUACUGUCAACUAACAGAUGCUGUGUGUUCUCAUGACAAAGUGCCAAACUGGCCCUCGAUUGUGUUUUUCUUUUAUUUCUCAUGUUCUGUUUCUUUUUUUAAAUCAUUUGUUUAAUUGUUGUUUUUUUGUGGAGCGAUUUUUUUGCUGAAAAUAUAAAUAUAGAGAAAUGAUAUUAUAUAUAGUUAUAUAUAAAUGUACAAAGGAGAAAGUAUAUAAAUGGGUUUUCUCAGUGGGGAUCUAUGCAUGAAUUAUUUUUUACGAUGAUGAUCGGGGAUAGGACACUGUAUCUGUCAAUGCACGUUUCCCAAAUCUUCUCAAAUCAUAUCGGUCCAAUUGGAUAUUGGUCUGUUGAACGUCACGGAAUAAGAGCAUCACAGAAAACCCCGAAGUCGACAAAUCCACCUCUUCACCUGCCAGCACUCAUCAGCAGCUAACCCACCAUCCUACUGUAACUACUACUUCUUUUUAUCUGCUUUUUUUUUUAGGUACUUUAGGUACAGUGAGGGUGAGAAACAAAGCAGAGACAGAAAACCUCUGCUCUUUUUACUUACACCGUCCCUCUCCUGUCUGCACCCCUAUUUCCAGCACAUUCCUAUUCUCUCUUAUGGGUGUGUUUGUUGUGUGUGCGUGUGUGCCUGCGUGUGCGGGCGGGUGGGCGUGCCUGCGUGCAUGCAUGUAGUAUCAGGACUGAUAAAUUAGACAGCAAGGAGAUAGAAAGGCCGACUGGCUGGUUGGUCCUGCUGUCAACCCAAACAGCCCCUCUCUAUCAGCAUCACUCGCUCUAUCCCACCUCCUCUCUACAUCAGUACUCUCUAGCUCUGCAGUAAUGACUGGCGGCCUCGAUGCAGUGAUCACCCACAACCACCCCACUGAGAUCGCAACACUCUUGACUAAACACCUGACUUCACUGUCAGCGCCAUACCACACAAUUCCUGACCUCAGCCCAGCUCUGCUAUUGUCCUCGCACUCAAGGGUUAGUUCACAAGGCGAGCUCAUCGGUUGUAAAUGAAACUCCUAAGCACACUGAGGGUAACCGGUGGGCCUUCACAGCCUGCAGCCCAGAGCUGCCGGGUGAAUAGGGGGGCUCGGAUCUCCUUGACAGGGUAAUGGCAACAUAUUUGGGAACUUCUGUUUCUGAUUCCUCUCGUUUUGGGGAUGAGGAUGCGCAGGCCUACAACCAGGCAAUGGACCCCACCCACCACCACCAUCACCACCACCCAAUUCUCUGUCUCAAAAAAAUGGAUCAUGGGUUAUACUCUGGUUAAUACAAUAUGUUGACUGCACCAAUGUGCUGUAAUUUGAGCCCACAGGAACCCAUUAUGGCCUACAUCCAGUAUGGAAGAAGAUAGUCACCUGUGUUGUCUUUGCUUGUGCUCUAGCUUUAGCGUGUUUGUUUGUUUUCUAUUAUAUUACUGCCCAACAGGGUGGUGGGGGAGGGCUGGACGGGGAGCCAUAUACAGUCACCGGCUGCUAGCCUCCUGAAAGGGAAAUGUGCACAAUGUAAAACGCGAGACAACUGACUUGGGUGUGUUUCAGGUGUGGCUGUGGCACAGAUGACGGACAGUAGCGCAAGGCAGGGUGCACCACUGUGCGGAGGAGACACCGGGAGGGGAUUGGAAAAAGACUCACAGCCUUAAAUGUAUCAGUUAACCAGUAUCCGAGGAAUCAAAGGAAGGGAUGCAGUGAUCACAAGCCAAUGAGGGAAUUCAAAGGCAUGGCCAUCUUUCUACCGACAAAAGUUUGCCACCUUGCUCAUAUGUCCAUGGAGGAUCUGUCCAAUCCGAUCCGUAUGAACCCUUUUGUACUCACUCCUGUGGACAAGGAGACAGUGAGGGGGUUGUGAAGUAAACCUCGCCAAAACACAGCUACAAUGACACCACUGCAGGUGAAAACACAAACAAGGUAUUCAGUUUGGUCUGUUCAAUUUCUUUGUCUAUUUUAUAAACUAACACUUGAGGGCGCUAUUUCGGCAGAUUCACUGCAGUCUGCCCACUGAGGACACUGGACGUGUGCAGAAAAAUACCAAACUGGGUGGCAGGACAGAGACUCACAACAUCUGGAAGAGGAUCUUAACUGUACAUUUUUAAGCGUAAGAAUCAAACAGACAAAAUAUUUGUAAAUAUUAAGUUUCCUGUUUGGUUUUCUUUUUUUUUUUUCUUUUUUUCUUUUUGAGUGAAUGAAUGAAAUGCUUAUUUUGUGACAACGAAAGACAACAGGUGCAGUUUGCACACACACAAAAAAGGCCUCGAGCUUAAGGCUUCAAAUUCAUUGGUGAGUCAAUAUUGCUGGCCUCUGAUCACUUUUCGUUUAAUUACAAAAAAUAAUAUUCUUUACCUUGUCUUCUUCUCACAUUGCCCAUUAUCACAUGGGCAUUCUGUAGCAUCAUGAUUCCUGAUCUGAAGUGUCUGUAGCAGAAUCCCCCCGCUGCGCCAACAUGACUGGGGACCUGAGAUGUUGUAGUAAGCGUUUGCUUGUUUCCAAUGAACAAUACUUUUUGAAAUUUGAAAAUGACUGUUCAAGUCUGUGAUUUGUUAUGGGAUUAUAGUGAAAACAUCAGCUCGUCUUGCUUUUCCUUUUUUUUUGUUGUUUUUUUUCAAACCGUGGCAGAGCUUUAUUUUGAAAUUGAGUACACUUCUGAUGAAUCUGUGCUGCAUGAUCAGUCUGACUUUCAGAGGCUUAAAGUACUGAUAAAAGCCAGCUUUGCCUUUUGCCAGUUAAUUAAUGUAAUGACGGUGCUGGCCAGUGAUUCACGGUCAGGACUUUUUAAACCACAAACGCAAAUGCGGUCAAGAAAAUGUCAGCUCACUUUCACAUGUAGCAAUGUUUACAUGUUGCCACUUAAUCACUUGUGGGACAGACGUGAGGGCUUUGAUACCAUUAGAUGCCUCAUAUCCUCAUAGAGUGACGCCAUCACACAUGCCCUCUGACUUUUCCCCUCCAACACAGUGAUGUUGCUCUUACGCUGAUGCAAUGUAGCAGAACAUGAUCUCAUGGUCCACACAUCCCGAGGGACGGAUGAAUGGCAUGAGGUGAAUCAGAAAAGUCUGUCAGACUCUGAGCGCGUGUGCUUCACACUUAACCAAAGUAACUCACUGCAGACCUGUGGUUCACACCGUCAACGCUCAAAAGCUGCGGCCGUCCCGACUGGAACGCAGUGACCUCCUGCACAUCAGCGACGUUGUUUCCAGAUCCUGUGUCAUGUCAGUGGUGCACGGAAAGCACAUGACUAACAACCCACUAUGGCAAACGUACACAAGGGAGUUGCGGCAUAUACACUCGCACAUAAAUCUUCAGCCUGCAAAGUUGCACCUGUUGUCUUGUUUUUACAUUCUUUGUUGAAUUCAGAAACCCAAGACUUGAGAUGAAGAAAAAUGUUAAAUAAUGGAGUUGAAAAAAAAAGAUCAUUAUUAAAAAAAAAAGGAAAGUAAAACUAUAUAAAUAAAUGAGGUGAUGAUAUUUCUGUUUACUUUAGAGGUUAUUAUACACUGUAUGCUGUGAUUCUGAUCUGGGAAACAUUAAAGACAUUCAUAGCCAGAA